AUGGGCUUCCCUCUCACAAAAGUUGAGCUAAAAUCUCACUCGCGCAACAACCCCAACCCCAACCCUGCUGCUGCCGAGCAAAAAUCCCCAUCCCCUUCCCUUUUCCUUCCCCACAAAUCAAUCAAUCCCUCCAUCAAUCACGCGGCGCGCUUCCAAGUCCAAGAUUCGAUUUUGCUUCUGUGUAGGGGAGGGGAGGGGAGGGAAGAGGAGGCGAUCCAGGGAGGGAACAUGGAUCAGCAGGAGGAGGAAGCGUCCGUCUCCGUCAGCGUCAGCGUUCCUUCCUCGUUGCAUCUGGAGGAGGAGGAGGAGGAGGAGGAGGAGGAGCAGGAUGAAGAAGAGGAAGACCAACAAGACAUGGCUCCGGUGAAGAUGGCGCUGGGCCCUCAGGUUCCCCUCAAGGACCUUCUCCACCUCCACAAGGAGGAGGAGGAGGGGGAGGAUGAGAGCCUCCGUAGAUGGAAGGAGCAGCUCCUCGGACCAGAUGCUGUCCACACCACAAACCUCCUCCAUGCCCUUGGAGCAGAGACCGUCGAACCGGAGGUGACCAUACUCAACCUCACCAUCCUCGCACCAGGGAGGCCUGACCUGCUUCUGCCGAUACCCUUCGUGCCCGAUGACAAGGGCCACGCCUUCGCGCUCAAGGACGGCUGCGCAUACAGCUUCCGCUUCUCCUUCGCCGUCUCCAACAACAUCGUGUCCGGUCUCAAGUACUCACACACCGUCUGGAAGACCGGAGUUAAAGUGGAGAACCAGAAGGUGAUGCUGGGGACAUUCAGCCCUCAGCAGGAGCCCUACACGUACAAGGCUGAGGAAGAUAGCACCCCGAGCGGCAUCUUUGCAAGGGGUUCCUAUUCUGCCAGAUUAAAGUUUGUGGAUGAUGAUGGGAAGGUGUACCUGGACAUGAGGUACAGCUUUGAGAUCAGGAAGGACUGGCCUAAUUAA